AUGAAGUUUCUCGAGUACCCUGAGCUCGAGGUAUUAUCGCGUGCACUCACGUUUGAGAUGUCCGAAUGUAAAGUAUUUACGCGAAUUGAAGCCUAUUCAUGCAAAGCGGUGAACAAGGAGAAACGUCUGUUCAAGUCCUUGGAAUCGUCCUAUCUGUUGUCGGCAUCCACAUCGCCGCCUGCGUACUUGGCCGAGGCACUAGCGUCGCCAUUUGGGCGCCUAGACCAGCCAUCGGCUCGCAAGACCCUGUUUUUGCUCAUCGCAACACUCAAUGGUGCCUUUCCUGACCACGAUUUUAGCGAAGUGAAUCCCACCGACUUUGUACGCGAGUCCGAUGCGACAGAGGUGCUCAAUAGCAUUACUACGACCCUUCUCAGCCUGCGUGGUAGCUCUGGAUCGCCAGGCUCGCUGGGCAAGUCCCUGGAUGAGUCGCCCAUGCUGGGCUCGUUUGCUCGAUCACCUAUGGCUCAUGAGGCACGUUCCUCGGCCAGCACGUCUACGCCAUCAGGCGGUGCAAGUGCAUCUCGCUCCGCGUCUGCAUCGCUGCCUGUCGUUGUGGACGAGAUCAUCCAGACGGCUGAUUGCGAAGUAUAUACGUUCCAUCCCGAUAUGGACUCAGAUCCACAUGCGAGUGUGGAACCAGAUGAAGAGGGCGGCGAUAUGGAUGAAGGUGAUCCGUAUGAUGAGGGAUACACAGCAGACGAUGACCAUGGCGUUGUAAGUCGUGGUGGGACGCCUGCGAUGGAUGUCGACGAUGUUGGCAUGGAUACGCCGGCCUUUGAUGAAGAAAUGGACGGGGGUGGGUUUUCCACGCAUACCUCGUCCGCCCCUGGCCAUGCCGCGGGGCUGAGUGGGAGUAGCGGUGCCGGCGCCUCAGAAUCGCCGACGCUCCCCCUGGUGGGCGAAGACGACUUGGCCGGUGCGGGCGCUGGCUUAUUGUGGUCGACCUUUGCGUUUUUCUACAAUCGACGCAUGAAGCGUAUUUUGUUUGUGAGCGUAUGGUGCCGCAAGAAUGCGCAAGUAGGCGCGCCGCCCGUUGUGUGGCACAGCCCUGCAUUGGUCCCUACGCGCCCUGCCAUCACGGAGGAUGUCCCCGUGCUGGGCCUUACAUCGACGCUGUACCAGCGCCUCGCUGACCGGCCAGGCGAGCAUCGCCUGACGCCAGAUACCUCUCCAGCGCGCCCGGCACGUGCUCGACGAUCCGCUCCGUAUUCCCUUCGACGACAAGGCCGGCCACGCGGUCGCUCUGCGUCGAACAGUCCCGCCCCCAGUGCGCUGGCCCCGUUCCCCCACGCCCAGUCCUCGCAGCGUGUGCCUGCUGGCAGCGAAAUGCCAAGGCGAGGGCGGCCUACGCCCACAUCCCAUCCUUCGCUGGACGCCUCGCUCCACAGCACCAGUGCGCCAGCGCCCAGUGCAUAUCGACCCUUGCAUGCCUUGGGCACAGCAGGGUCUCCUCCACCGGUGCGCCGUGCUACCGAGGCACGACCCCGGGCCCCCAUGUAG